AUGCCCGUCGUCAAGGGAGGCGUCUGGACCAACAUUGAGGAUGAGAUCCUCAAGGCCUCAGUCUCGAAAUAUGGCCUCAACCAAUGGGCGCGCGUGUCGUCCCUGCUGGCGCGCAAGACGCCCAAGCAGUGCAAAGCGCGAUGGAACGAAUGGCUCGACCCCAGCAUCAAGAAGAUCGAAUGGAGCAAGGAGGAGGACGAGAAGCUCUUGCACCUCGCCAAGCUCAUGCCGACCCAGUGGCGCACCAUCGCCCCCGUCGUCGGCCGCACCGCCAACCAGUGCCUCGAGCGCUACCAGAAGCUCCUCGACGAGGCCGAGGCCCGCGAGGGCAGCGGCCUGGGCCUGACGGGACCCGACGGCGCCGAGACGCAGGCCCCCUCUGCCGACGACGUGCGACGCUUGCGGCCCGGCGAGCUCGAUCCGGACCCCGAGAGCAAGCCGGCGCGGCCCGACACGAUCGACCUCGACGAGGACGAGAAGGAGAUGCUGAGCGAGGCGCGUGCGCGUCUCGCCAACACGCAGGGCAAGAAGGCCAAGCGCAAGGCCCGCGAGAGACAGCAGGAGGAGUCGCGCCGUCUCGCCUCGCUGCAGAAGCGGCGCGAGCUCAAGACGGCCGGCAUCAACAUCAAGGUCGUCACGCGGAAGAAGGGCCAGAUGGACUACAAUGCCGACAUUCCCUUUGAGAAAAAGGCCGUGCCGGGCUUUUACGAUACCGCCGACGAAAUUGUCGAGAAUGAACGCGCGCGCGAGGCUUUCGACCCGCGGAAACAGCACCUGGCCAACAAGCGCAAAGGAGACGGCGACGACGACGGCGACAGCAAGAGGAGGAAGAAGGACAAGGACGGUGCGUCGGCGUCGCACCAGGCCGCCAUGAAGGCGGGGCAGCAGCAGAAGAUCAGAGAGGCGGAGCAGAGCAGCAAGAGGCGGGCACUCAACCUGCCUGCCCCGCAGGUCAGUGACGGCGAGCUCGAGGAUAUCGUCAAGAUGGGUAUGAUGGGUGAGCGCGCCAGCAACCUGGCCCGACAAGCCGAGAACGACUCGACGCGCGGCCUCGUCAGCGAAUAUUCGACGCUCAACAACGGCACGCCCAUCCGCACACCUCGUGCGCCUGCGCAAGAAGAUCACAUCGCCAACGAACUCCGAAAUAUUCGCGCCCUGACAAACACACAGUCGUCUCUGCUGGGCGGGGAGAAUACGCCUCUACACGAGGGCGCCCAGUCGACAGGCUUUGACGGCAUUGCGCCGCGGAAGCACGUGGUAUCAACGCCCAACCCCCUGGCCACACCCUUGCGAGCUGGCGCAAACGGCGUGGGAGCAACACCGGGCCGGCCAGGGCAGACGCCCAUGCGAACGCCUCGGGACAGCUUUGCCCUCAACGAGGACGGGACUUCGCAGGUCGGCGCCACCCCCCGCGAUGUAAAGAUGCGCGAGCUGGCCGUACGCAACCACCUGAAGCAAGGUCUCGCAUCUCUGCCGAAGCCGAAGGAUGUCGAGUGGGAGCUCGAGCUUCCCGAGGAACAGCAAGAGGUCGUCAAGACGGACGACGAGCUACGCGAGGACGCCUCCCGCCGUGAUCGCCGCGAUCGGGAGACCCGCGAGGCUCUGGAGGCGUUGGAACAGAAACGACGGUCGCAGGUCAUGCAGAAGAACCUGCCCCGGCCAGCCUCCGUUAACAUUUCUGCGCUGGUCUCGCUGGCAUCCAAAAUCGCCGACGGACCCGAGGGCCUGAUUGCCGCGGAAGCCGCCAAGCUCAUCGCCAACGACGCGACCAAAUUUCCGCAGCCCGGAGGCAAGGUGAAGGGGUCCGCGCCACCACUUGAUGUCAUUGGUGACAGUGAUCUGGCCGCGGCUCGGCAGGCGAUCGCGGCGGAGACGGCGGAAAUCCCAGGCCUCGAGCAGGUCCAGCAGCACUUUGAAAGCCGCAGCAGCAGUUCUCUCCUCCUUGGUCUCGGCUGCUACGACGAUGACGAAGAGCGCCACCAGGAGACAGUCAUGCGUGCCGCAUUCGAUGACUCGAUUAUUGCGUCAGCAGACAGGGGCACCAAGCUGGAGACGAAGCUGAAGCUGCACCUCGGCGGCUACCUGAAGCGCCAGGCGCUGCUGCGCGAGAAGAUCAACGGCGCGCACGAGGCGCUGGAGAAGGCGAACAAUGCACUCAACGGCUUCAAGACGCUGGCCAUCUCUGAGGAGGUGGCCAUCUCGCGCCGUCUCGAGGCGUUGCGCGAGGAGGUCGGCUUCGUCAGCCGGAGGGAGAGGGAGGCGCAGGAGAUGUACAGGCGGACCAAGGACGAGCUGGACACGCUCAGGGGCGACGGGGCUAAUGGCGUUCACUGA